AUGGCGGGAGCGCUCGCGCGGGCGACCGCCUCCGCGGCGCUCGCGACGCGCCCGACCGUCGCCACGCGCCAAAAUCGCGCGCGCGCGACGAAGGCGCCCACGCGCGUCGCCGCGUCCGCGUCUCUCCGCGCCGUCGGCGCUCGCGCGACGUCGAUGCCGUCGUUCAUGGGGCUCAAGAAGUCCGCGGCGCUGCCCAGGUUCCGAAGCCUGCGCGACUCCGCACCCGCGGCGUCCCCCCGCGCGAACGCGGUGGUGACCGCCGCGAUCGCGCCUGGCCGCCCCCCGUACGCCGGCGGCGUCGUCGACAACGAGCAACUCCUCGAGGAAUCGGACGCGUGCGGCGUCGGGUUCAUCGCGUCGCUCAAGGGCGACCGCACGCACAAGACGGUCCAAGACGCGCUCACCGCGCUGGGGUGCAUGGAGCACCGCGGCGCGUGCAGCGCGGAUGACGACUCCGGCGACGGCGCCGGGAUCAUGACCAACGUCCCGUGGAAGCUCUUGGAGAAGUACGCCGCGGAGAACGGUAUCGAGGGAUUCGCGGAGGGAUCCUCCGGCGUCGGCAUGGUGUUUCUUCCCCAGGAUACGAAACAGGCGGCGAAAUCGAUCGAGAUCUUGAACGCGGCGAUCGAGGCGGAGGGGCUCGCCGUGCUCGGGUGGAGAGACGUCCCCGUGGACGCGUCCGUGGUCGGACGCAUGGCGAAGGACACGGAGCCGGUCAUCAAGCAGGUGCUCGUCGGCGGCGGCGGAGCGACGGACGACGAGCUCGAGCGCAAGCUGUUCAUCGCGAGGAAGACCGCGGAGAAGACCGCCGCGGGUGAGGACGCCAAGAUGCCCGGGAUCGCGGAGAACUUUUACGUCUGCACGCUGUCCUCCAGGGUCAUCGUGUACAAGGGCAUGCUCCGGUCCGUCGUCGUGCGGCAGUUUUACGAGGACCUCCAAAACGAGGACUUCGUGUCGCAGUUUUGCAUCUACCACCGCCGGUUCUCCACGAACACCGUCCCGAAGUGGCCGCUCGCGCAGCCGAUGCGCUUCCUCGGACACAACGGCGAGAUCAACACCUUGCAGGGUAACUUGAACUGGAUGGCGUCCAAAGAGGCGGACAUGACGCACCCGGUGUGGGACGGCAGAGAAGACGAGCUCCGCCCGAUCUGUAACCCGGCGGCGAGCGACUCCGCGAACCUCGACCGCGUCGCGGAGCUUCUCGUGAAGUCUGGCCGCGCGCCCGCGGAGACGAUGAUGCUUCUCGUCCCGGAGGCGUACAGGAACCACCCGGAGCUCGACGCGACGUACCCGGAGGUGACGGAUUUCUAUGACUACUUCGCCGGCAUGCAAGAGGCGUGGGACGGCCCCGCCCUGCUCGUCUUCUCCGACGGUAAAAAGCUCGGAUGCAGGCUCGACAGGAACGGCCUCCGCCCGGCGCGAUUCUGGAAAACCUCGGACGACUACAUCUACGUCGCGUCCGAGGUGGGCGUCCUCGGCGACGUCAUCACGCGCGCCGCGGAUGUCGUCGCGAAGGGCCGCCUCGGCCCCGGGAUGAUGAUCGUCGCCGACCUCGAAAAGGGGACGUUCAUGGAGAACACCGAGAUCGCGAAGGAGGUGGCCGCGAGCAAGCCGUACAAGGAGUGGCUUGAGGACGUCGACGUCAUGGCCGCCGCGGAGCCCGCGGGGGAGCCCAAGCUCGACGCGACGCAGCUCAUCCAAGCGCAAGCCGCCGCCGGUUACGCCGCGGAGGACGUCACGAUGAUCAUCGAGUCCAUGGCCGCGGACGGCUCCGAGCCGACCUGGUCCAUGGGCGACGAUACCCCGAUGCCGGUGCUGUCCGGACGCCCGCACCUCUUGUACGACUACUUCAAGCAGAGGUUCGCGCAGGUCACCAACCCGGCGAUCGACCCGCUCCGCGAGGGGCUCGUCAUGUCGCUCGAGAUGACCAUCGGCGCCAAGGGCAACCUCCUGAACAACGACGGCGCGAAGGACAUCCCCGCGGUGUCGAUCAAGUCCCCCGUGCUGUUCGACGAGGACGUCGACGCGCUCCUCGCGAUAAAAGGCCUCGGCGCCGAGCGCGUCGCCGCGACGUACGCGGGCGACGGGAGCGAGGGGGCGCUCGCGAAGGGGGUCGACGCGCUCUGCGCCGCGGCGGAGAAGGCGGUGCGCGGCGGCUCGCAGUGCGUGAUCAUCUCCGACAAGGACGGCGACAAGGAUACGCCCGCGAUUCCCUCCCUCCUCGCCGUCGGCGCGGUGCACCACCACCUCAUCGCCGUCGGGUUGAGGACGCGAGCGAGCCUCGUCGUCGAGUCGGCGAGCGCGUUCAGCACGCACCACGUCGCGUGCCUCGUCGGCUACGGCGCGUCCGCGGUGAACCCGUGGCUCGGCCUGGAGACGUGCCGCCAGUGGCGCACGUCCUCCAAGGUGGAGGCGUCGAUCAAGCGCGGGAAGCUGCCGAACAUGUCCGUCGCGGACGUGCAGAGGAACUUCAAAGCCGCGCUCAACGCGGGGCUGAAGAAGAUUCUCAGCAAGAUGGGCAUCUCGCUUCUGACGUCGUACCACGGCGCGCAAAUUUUCGAGUGCUACGGCGUCGGCCCGGAGCUCAUCGACAAGGCGUUCAAGGGCACGGUGUCGCGCAUCGGCGGGCUGACCAUGGACGACCUCGCGGCGGAGACGGAGAUGUUCGCGUCGAGCAACUUCCCGGGAGAGGGCGAGAUGCUCGCCAACGUCGUCGCGAGAGGGAUGUUCCAAGUCAAGCCCGGUCUCGAGUACCACGCGAACAACCAGGAGAUGUCUAAGCUCCUUCACAAGGCGGUGAACCUCGGCGGGAAGGGCGACGGCGACGAGGACGCGUACAAGCUGUACCAGGCGCACAGAAACGAUCGCCCGGUGACGUCGUUGCGCGACAUGCUCGAGGUGGUGUCGGACCGAGAGCCGAUCGACGUCAACGAGGUCGAGUCCGUCGCGGACAUCUGCGAGAGGUUCUGCACCGGCGGCAUGUCCCUCGGCGCCAUCUCGCGCGAGUGCCACGAAGCGAUCGCGAUCGCGAUGAACCGCAUCGGCGGCAAGUCCAACUCCGGCGAGGGCGGCGAGGACACGCAGCGGUUCGUCCCCAUCGACGACGCGGACGACAACGGGAAGUCGGCGACGUUUCCGCACCUCAACGGCCUCAAAAACGGCGACGUCGCGUCUUCCGCGAUCAAACAAGUCGCGUCCGGCCGGUUCGGCGUCACGACAUCGUUCCUCAUGGCCGCGGACCAGGUCGAGAUCAAGGUUGCCCAGGGCGCGAAGCCCGGCGAGGGCGGGCAGCUCCCGGGGAAGAAGGUGUCCCCGUACAUCGCGUCCCUGCGACGAUCCAAGGCGGGCGUGCCGCUCAUCUCGCCGCCGCCGCACCACGACAUCUACUCCAUCGAGGAUCUCGCGCAGCUGAUUUACGACCUGCACAUGGUGAACCCGAAGGCGAAGGUCUCCGUCAAGCUCGUCGGUCAGGCUGGCAUCGGGACGGUCGCCUCCGGCGUCGCGAAGGCGAACGCGGACAUCAUCCAAAUCUCCGGCGGCGACGGCGGCACCGGCGCGUCGCCGCUGUCGUCCAUCAAACACGCCGGCGGGCCGAUGGAGAUGGGCCUCGUCGAAGCGCACCGCACGCUCGUGGACAACGACCUCCGCGAUAGGGUCGUCCUCCGCGCGGACGGCGGCUGCAGAAGCGGUCUGGACGUCAUCCAGUGCGCGCUCAUGGGCGCGGACGAGUACGGGUUUGGCACCGUCGCGAUGAUCGCGACGGGGUGCGUCAUGGCGCGCAUUUGCCACACGAACAACUGCCCGGUCGGCGUCGCGUCGCAGCGCGAGGAACUGAGAGCGCGGUUCCCGGGCGCGCCCGGAGAUCUCGUGAACUUCUUCCAGUUUUGCGCGCAGGAAGUGCGCGUCGAGCUCGCGAGGAUGGGGUACAAGUCCCUCGACGAGAUCAUCGGGCGGAACGACCUCUUCGCGCAAGUUCGCGAGCAGGAGGGCCUCUCCGCGCCCGGUCAGCCGGCGAAGACGAGCAACCUGGACCUCUCGUUCCUCACGACGUCUUCCGGCCAAGGAAACAAGUCCUCGGACCGCCGCAAGAUGGAGACGCACGGCGACGGGCGCAUGCUCGACGACGAGAUUCUCGAAGACGCGGACGUGAAGAAGUGCAUCGAGAGCGAGGGCACGCACGUGAUCAAGAAGGAAAUCGUAAACAUCGACCGGUGCGCGGGUGCGCGCGUCGCGGGCGCCGUCGCCGCCAAGUACGGCGACGAGGGCUUCGGCGGGUCGCUCACGCUCGACUUUGAAGGCUCCGCGGGGCAGUCCUUCGCCGCGUUCACCGUCGGCGGGAUGCACGUGAGGCUCGUCGGCGAGGCGAACGAUUACGUGUGCAAGUCCAUGUCCGGCGGGGAGGUGUCCAUCAUGCCGCCGCCGGCGUCGACGUUUAACCCGGAGGAUUGCAUCAUCGCGGGGAACACGUGUCUGUACGGCGCGACCGGCGGUAAGGUGUACAUGAACGGCCGCGCGGGCGAGCGUUUCGCGGUGAGAAACUCCCUCGCGGAGGCAGUCGUGGAGGGCACCGGGGACCACUGCUGCGAGUACAUGACGGGCGGGUGCGUCGUCUCGCUCGGAAGGGUUGGCCGAAACGUCGGCGCCGGGAUGACCGGCGGGUUGGGGUACUUCCUGGACGAGGACGACACGUUCGCGUCCAAGGUAAACGGCGAGAUUGUCACGAUGCAGCGCGUGUGCACGGCCGCCGGGGAGGCGCAGCUGAAGACGUUGAUCGAGGCGCACGUCGAGAAGACGGGGUCGCCGAAGGGGAAGGCGGUGCUCGCGGAUUGGGACGCGUCGCUGAAGAAGUUUUGGCAGCUCGUCCCGCCGAGCGAGAUGAAUACCCCGGAGGCGGCGGACGUCGUCGAGGAGGCGGUCUCCGCGUCCGCGUGAUCGUGAGGAGGAGGCUGGCACCGACGGGGGCUAUAUUUUUGUCGUCGUCCGUCGACCCCGCGCGAAAACACGCGCCGGGGACGAGAGAGGCGAGCGACUUUGACAUAUGCUGUGCGUAGCGAGCGAGGAGAAAACUCUGACGUUUUAUACAAACACAAACCAUACAUCGAUCG